AUGUCCCAACUUGUGUUCUCCGUGCUGACCCCCGAUGCUGCUGCCGCCUCCUAUGCUGGCAAUGCCAAGAGAACACCCGCUCCAACGACGCUCCGUGGCCCAAGCAUCAAAUCCGUUGUGCCUUUUGAAAAGCUGAUUGUAUCAGAGGCACAGAAAGCAGAUCUACAGUCAAUGUACACACCUCGCAGCCCGACAACCACUCUGGAGGACAAGAUUUUUGAUAGCACAGUACUUGCAGACCAAGCAGCAGCCUUCGAGCUUUUGGAACGCAUCAAAUUGAAUCUGGACACACAAAAAAGUGUACAUAAUCGAUGGGCACAGGUUUGGAGCACAGCCAAGUCAGGCAAGACACGUCGCAUCCUCUACCAAUGUACGUCAGGUUAUGAUCAUACAAAGCUCUCGAAGAAGGCACCUGGCAAGGAGGAGAGGCGCGUUCCCACUCGAUUCACAGGAUGCCUUGCUCAUGUAGAGCUCACAACACGCGACGACUACAUUCUACGCAUCCGUGGUCAUUUCCGACACUGCGAAGAGUGUCUUGACGCACCAAUUGAACGCCUUCCCCCUAUUCCUGUACACAAGUCACCUCAGUUACCACCGCCAUCACCCGGUUGCACCCCCGCGGGGGUCCUCCUGGGUACCCUCAGACGUAGCUCUGAGGGUACCUAA